GUGGUGGAAUAAACUGUAAACCUUCUCCCCAUAAGAUCGCGUUUAGAUCAGAAUUGGAGCUGUUACUUUACAUUUGUUAUAAAGUACAUUGUCUUUUCAGGUCCAAAACAUGGCAAAUUUGUCGUCUGCUACUUAGCGUCCAGGGCGAUGUUCAGGAAGCCUCCUGUGAAAUUCGAAAUAUCAGACAUAAAUCCAACAUUAUGCACUCACAUUGUCUACGCUUUCGCUGGCUUAGAUGAAGAAUCGCAUACUAUUAAAAGCCGCAACCAAUGGCUUGACAUAGAACGAGAUAGUGGUAACGCUGGUUAUAAAAACCUGACCAGGAUUAAAAAGAGUUAUCCUCAUAUAAAAGUUACUUUAAGUACCGGUGGCUGGAAUGAAGGUUCCGAGCAAUUUUCUAAGAUUGCUGGCAAUAGAUGGGAAAGGUUCAGAUUUAUCAGAAGCGUCAUGCAAUAUCUUGAGAAAUACGAGUUUGAUGGUCUAGACAUAAUAUGGAAAUAUCCUACCCUGAUAGGUGGAAGUCCUGAAGAUAAAGAGAACUUCGUCACUUUGACUAAGGAAUUAAAAGAGGCAUUCUUACCAUACGGUUAUAUUCUAAGCAAGUCACGAGCUAAUACCAGAGAAAUAAUGAGUUCUGUGUAUGAUUUAGUGAACCGAAAUCGUUAUUUGGACUUGAUUUAUUUACUUGGUUAUGAUUAUAAGGGACCCUGGGAUAGUCGGAGCAUCCGCACCAUUAAAUGGAUUAAGUAAACGGGAUGAAAGAAAUGUGGAAUAUACAAUUAAAUAAUUGCUUUCGUUCGGAAUAAGUCCUGAUAAAUUAGUUCUCGGCAUACAAUUCAUCGGAUGGACCUUUAUUUUGAAAGAAUCCGAAGUAAAAAUAUUGAAUUUGGAAAAA